UGGUGCGAUCACUGCUCGCCACGGCUUUCCAUUUUGCGUUCGCUUCUCAGUCUCCAUUCUGUAGCAGCGCCCCAGUGGCCGCUAGAUGCUGUUAUAUCUUCACCGUCUCUCCGCCCCCUCCCCUUUUUGCUUUCCUUUUGAUUCCUAAUCAGUCCGCCAUCCUUCUCGUCACCAUGUAUCUAAAUCAGAUGCUCACUGCCCUUGUGGCCUUUACUUCCCUUGCUGCAGCAGUGCCGGCACCUGUUGGGCGAGAUGUCACGCCAGCAGAGAAGGGCUUGAAGCACCGGACGAAGACACAGAAGCGUAGUCCCCUCAUCAUCCAACAGACAAUUGUGGAGCAGCCCAUCACAAUUGUGCAGAACCAGAAUCUGGGCGCCAUCAGCCAGCUGGCGAAGAUCGCCGAAGCCGAGUUCGCGGCGCUGGUGCAGUCGCAGGCUGCCCUGACCACCCAGCUCGAGCAGGUCAAGAACAAUAUCAGGAUCAAUCACUUCAAGGCGCGGUUCAACCAAGUUAACUCGGUCAUCGUAACAGUAACCAACGUGGUGGAUGCUCGCGACCCCGCCAACAUCAACAAGCGCUACCUGGUGAACCAGCUUCGCGCCGACAACGGCUUCCCAGACAGGGAAAUCGUCGUCAUGGUCACCCAAGCCCAAGAGAUUACCAUCGGGGCAACGCCGACCCUCAACCUGGGCGGGAUCCUCGGCAGCGUCGCCUCUGCGUCCGCCGUCUCCUCCGCAACGGGCGUGCCAAUCGUGACCGGCUUCGACCCCAAUGCCCCUUUCGGCCAGCUAAACGGCUCCACGAUCCUGCCGUACAACACGUCGGCGCCGACCAACGCGCUCCUCUUCGAGGACCCGGCGAACAUUAUCUUCACCAACUCCAACAGCGGCCUUUUCGUCGAGAGCAUUGGCAGCUUCCAGAGCGACUGCUCCUCCUUUGGCGCCCAGUCCAACAGCUUCCUCAACCUGGCUGCAGCCCAGCUGUUCACCUCCUUCCAGGCGGCCGCCGCGGCCCAGCUGGCCAACCUGAGGCUCGGCACCGCCGUGCCCAUCAUCCCGCCCACGAUCCUGGUGGCAAACCCGUCCCUCGCGAGCGCCGCCUCCGCGGCCCUAGCGUCCCUGCAGGCGUCCCGGUCGAGCGCCAGCAGCACGGCCGCCGCGACGGCGACGGCGGCGGGCUCUACAGCUGCCAGUUCUGCUACAGCUGCGGCCACGGCAUAACAGGUCUAUGAUGAUAAGCGGUUGAUGAUGCCCAUCUCCUGUUGAUUUGAUAGGCUGCGGCAUCCGCGGCUUGGUGGUUUACUUCAACCCCUUACUUGGCUGUACCAUUCUACCCUUCAGUUAGGGGGCUUUCCUUUCCUUCUCGAGCCCUCUAUAGCUUUUGUAUCCCUUUUUUGUUUUCUCUUCAGCCUUGGUGUUACGGUAUGGAGGGGAGUGACGGUAGUGAUUUUAUGUUUCAGCGCGCUAGCGGUAGAGCCGCUAGGAGUCUGGUACGAAGGACUGAGGCUGGUGCCUCAGGGGCUAGGUGUGCUGUCACAAGAGGACGGGAUUCUAACUUGGUAUAGGUCUAAUCUCGGGGAAGGUGAAGCACGGUCUGCACUGGGAAUGGAAAUGCGAUAUGAUGCGGCGUGCCAGGUAUGUGUCGCGGAUAUCCAAGAAUAGAAUACCAAUGUGA